GAAAAAAUGUCAAAGGGAAAAGAAAGGAAAAAUGAAAGAAUAAAGUUUUUGCAAAUUCCAAACAAGUCCCAGUCCAGCCCAGUCCCACUAAGAUUUUCGGACACCGCUAACUGAAGCAAAUGACGUAACAACACGGAGAGCUCAGACGCACAUUUCCGAAGACGACUCGCUCGCGAUACCCACCUCGCUCAAAAACUUCUGGUUAGAAAAAAAAAAAAAAAAAAUAUUUUUACCAAAAUUAGAAAAAAAGAAAAUGUGCUCACUUCUUCAAAGCCUUUCCAUUUUCAUCAUCUGCUAAAACUGAAAAAAGGGAAAGAAAAAACUUGCAAAUUUUUUCUCAGAUCCUACAAAACUCAACUCUAAUUGCUGCUGCAUUUCAUGGCUGUUCCUGUGGAAGAAGCCAUUGCCGCCUUAUCCACAUUCUCACUCGAGGAUGAGCAAGCGGAAGUGCAGGGACCAGGAAUUUGGGUUUCGUCUGAGAGAGGUGCAACGGAUAGUCCAAUUGAGUAUAGUGAUGUUUCUGCAUACCGUCUAUCUCUAUCAGAAGAUACAAAAGCUCUCAAUCAGCUGGAUGCCCUUAUACAAGAGGGAAAGGAAAUGUCAGCAGUGCUUUAUACCUAUCGCAGUUGUGUCAAAGCACUUCCUCAGCUUCCUGAUUCUAUGAAACAAAGUCAAGCUGAUUUGUACCUAGAAACAUAUCAAGUUCUGGACUUGGAAAUGAGUCGUUUGCGUGAAAUACAGCGAUGGCAAGCAUCAGCUGCAUCUAAACUAGCUGCUGACAUGCAACGCUUUUCUAGGCCUGAGAGGCGCAUUAAUGGCCCUACAAUAACGCAUCUCUGGUCCAUGUUAAAGCUACUUGACGUUUUGGUGCAACUUGAUCAUCUGAAAAAUGCUAAAGCAACCAUUCCCAAUGAUUUCUCUUGGUAUAAGAGGACGUUCACACAGGUCAGUGUUCAAUGGCAUGACACUGAUGCAAUGAGGGAGGAGUUAGAUGACUUGCAGAUUUUUCUAAGCACAAGAUGGGCUAUCUUAUUAAAUUUGCACGCUGAGAUGUUCCGUGUGAACAAUGUAGAAGACAUUCUUCAAGUUCUCAUUGUCUUUGCCGUUGAGUCAUUGGAGCUGGAUUUUGCACUUCUGUUCCCAGAGCGGCACAUUCUUCUGCGUGUUUUACCUGUUCUUGUUGUCUUGGCAACAUCGUCAGAGAAAGAUAGCGAGUCUCUGUACAAAAGGGUGAAAAUCAAUAGACUCAUCAACGUUUUUAAGAAUGAUCCUGUCAUUCCUGCAUUUCCAGAUCUUCAUCUUUCUCCUGCCGCUAUCAUGAAAGAAUUGUCAAUAUAUUUUCAAAAGUUCUCCAGCCAAACUCGUCUUCUCACUCUUCCAGCACCUCAUGAACUUCCACCCCGUGAAGCACAAGAUUAUCAGAGACAUUAUCUGAUCAUCCACCAUAUUGGCUCCAUUCGUGCUGAGCAUGAUGACUUCAUCAUUCGUUUUGCUUCCUCCAUGAAUCAGCUCUUGUUGUUGAAAUCAAUAGAGAGUGCAGACAUUGAGUGGUGCAAAGAAGUCAAGGGAAGCAUGUAUGAUAUGGUAGUUGAAGGUUUUCAGCUAUUAAGCAAAUGGACUGCUCGCGUUUGGGAACAAUGUGCAUGGAAAUUCUCUCGGCCAUGCAAGGAUGUCAUACCUACAGAGCCACAUGAUUCUUCAGCAUCAUUUUCUGAUUAUGAAAAGGUAGUACGGUAUAACUAUAGUCCGGAUGAAAGAAAAGCAUUGGUUGAACUUGUUGGUUACAUAAAAAGCGUUGGAUCAAUGAUGCAACGGUGUGACACAUUGGUGGCUGAUGCCUUAUGGGAAACAAUACAUGCCGAGGUCCAAGAUUUUGUGCAGAAUACAUUGGCCACUAUGUUGAAGACUACCUUCCGGAAGAAGAAGGACCUUUCUAGGAUACUUUCUGAUAUGAGGACACUUUCAGCAGACUGGAUGGCAAACACAAGCAGGCCUGAAUCUGAUUUACAAGCCUUACAGCAUGGUGGUGAAGAAAGCAAAGGGAUCUUAUUCUUCCCAAGGCCAGUUGCACCAACAGCUGCUCAGGUUCACUGCUUGCAGUUCCUGAUAUAUGAGGUGGUGUCUGGUGGCAAUCUCAGGAAGCCUGGGGGGCUCUUUGGAAAUAGUGGGUCUGAGGUUCCUGUUAAUGAUUUAAAACAGUUGGAGACCUUUUUUUACAAGCUUGGCUUUUUUCUACAUAUAUUGGAUUACUCAGCAACUGUUGCAUCCUUGUCAGAUCUUGGUUUCCUUUGGUUUAGAGAAUUUUAUCUGGAGUCUUCUCGUGUUAUUCAGUUUCCCAUUGAAUGCUCUCUACCCUGGAUGUUGGUAGAUUAUGUGCUUGAGUCGCAGAAUGCAGGCCUCCUAGAGAGUGUUCUAAUGCCGUUUGACAUCUACAAUGAUUCAGCUCAGCAAGCAUUGGUUGUACUGAAGCAACGUUUCCUAUAUGACGAAAUUGAGGCCGAGGUGGACCACUGCUUUGAUAUAUUUGUUUCAAAACUCUGUGAGACUAUUUUUACAUAUUACAAGAGCUGGGCAGCAAGUGAACUACUCGAUCCGUCAUUCCUUUUUGCAUUAGAUAACGGAGAAAAAUAUUCUAUCCAGCCUAUGAGGUUUACUGCACUACUAAAGAUGACUAGAGUGAAGUUACUAGGGAGGACGAUUAAUUUGAGGAGUUUGAUUGCUGAACGGAUGAACAAAAUAUUCAGAGAGAAUGUUGAGUUUCUGUUUGAUCGUUUUGAGUCUCAGGACCUAUGUGCUGUAGUGGAACUAGAAAAGCUGCUGGAUGUCCUAAAACAUGCCCAUGAAUUGCUGUCAAAAGAUCUUUCAGUAGAUUCAUUCAGUCUCAUGUUAAAUGAGAUGCAAGAGAACAUAUCUCUUGUGUCAUUUUCUAGUCGACUUGGUUCUCAGAUUUGGUCAGAGAUGCAAAAUGACUUUUUGCCGAAUUUCAUCCUUUGCAACACUACUCAGCGUUUUAUCAGAUCAUCAAAGGUUCCUCUUGUUCCUGUUCAAAAGCCAUCAGUCCCCUAUGCCAAGCCAAAUUUUUAUUGUGGUACUCCAGAUUUAAAUUUGGCUCAUCAAAGUUUUGCUCGGUUGCAUAGUGGAUUCUUUGGAAUUCCCCACAUGUUUUCCAUUGUCAAACUUCUAGGAUCUAGAUCUUUGCCUUGGCUUAUCAGAGCGCUUCUAGAUCAUAUAUCAAAUAAGAUAACUACACUUGAACCAAUGAUCACAGGAUUGCAAGAAGCUUUGCCAAAGUCUAUUGGACUUCUUCCUUUUGAUGGAGGUGUGACAGGUUGUAUGCGGCUUGUUAAAGAACAUCUUAAUUGGGGAGCAAAAUCGGAGCUCAAAACAGAAGUCCUCCGAGGGAUAAAGGAGAUUGGAAGUGUAUUAUAUUGGAUGGGCCUUCUUGAUAUUGUGUUGAGAGAAGUGGAGACCUCGCACUUCAUGCAAACAGCCCCUUGGUUGGGGUUGCUUCCUGGUGCAGAAGGGCAAGUACUGCACUCUCAAGGUGGUGGAGAUAGCCCUAUCGUCAGCCUAUUCAAGUCUGCCUCUGCUGCAAUUGUGUCGAACCCUGUGUGCCAAAAUGCAACCUCUUUCAGCAUCCUAUCAAAACAGGCAGAAGCUGCAGAUCUUUUAUACAAGGCCAACUUGAAUACUGGAAGUGUUUUGGAGUAUGCACUUGCUUUCACAAGUGCAGCACUGGAUAAGUAUUGUAGUAAAUGGAGUGCUAUGCCAAAAACAGGAUUCGUUGACAUUACAACUUCAAAGGAUUUCUACCGUAUAUAUAGUGGCCUUCAGAUUGGAUACUUAGAAGAGUCCGUGCAAUUAUCGUCAAACAGUCAUGAAGUGCUGGGUGAUUCGGUAGCAUGGGGUGGUUGCACCAUAAUAUACUUGCUUGGGCAGCAGCUACAUUUUGAGCUCUUUGAUUUUUCACACCAGGUCCUCAAUGUUGCCGAAGUGGAGACUGCAUCAACUGCACAAGCACAUAGAAAUCCUCAUUUGGUUCAGGGAUGGGAUACCCUGAUAGAGUCGAUGAAGAAAGCGAGGAGAUUAAAUAAUCAUGUUUUCUCCAUGUUAAAAGCACGGUGUCCACUCGAAGACAAAACAGCUUGUGCGAUCAAGCAAAGUGGUGCUCCACUGCAUCGAAUUAGGUUUGAGAAUACAGUCUCUGCAUUUGAAACACUGCCACAGAAAGGGGCUUGAAUUGAAAAAUAUCCUAGUUCUACUCAACUCCUGUUGCCUUCCUGUGAGACAACUUUUUCCUACUUAUUACAUAGUUUAGUUGAUGUAGUUUUUUUCAGUAAAGGCCUCCGUUAAAAACAUGUAUGCAAGUGGUUCCAUGUCUAUAUGAGACAGAGAUGGAGAGAAAGAAAACAUGUAUAGGAAAGAGAAAAACUAAGAGUGAGAAAGAUGCGGAGGCAGAAAGGCAUUUACUAACAUUUUUCUUGAAGAAUUUUUAUUCAUUUUGUGUUAAUAUAUAUAUACAUAUAUAUAUAUAUAUAUUGAGAAUCACCA